AUGAAGGCCUCCACCAUCAUCUCCACCAUCGUCUCCAUGGCCGUCGUCGCCAGCGCCGUGCCUACUGCUGACGUCGCGGUUGAGGCUCGCACCGACAAGACUCUCACCGGUGCCUCCGAGACCUGCUCGUCCAACCAGGUCGUCUCGUGCUGCAACACCUCCGACAAGACGACCUCCACCGGCCUCCUCAGCACCAUCAUCGGUAGCAUCGCCGGCAACAGCUGCGUCGGCGUCGGUGCCAGCGUCUUGAACCUCCUCGGCGCCAGCCCUGCCAACGGAGUCUGUGGCAACUCCAACAGCGUCAAGUGCUGCUCGGGCGACAAGAACACCGGCGUGCUCGUCGUCGACCUCGACAUCCUCUCUUGCAGCGACAUCCUCUAG